AGAUGAUGAAACAUAAGAUUCAACAGCAUACGUCGGUGGCCUUUAACAUGAUGGAUGGAAGUGGGUCCAACGUUUUCGCCGGGGAAAAUGAUAAAGCGAUUUCCAUCGGAGCAGGGGGCUCCUCAGCAAGCGCAUUGAGCAUGAUGAAGUUACAUGGCAGUGGCGCCGCGGGUCCAGAACACUUUGCGGCCGCUGUUGAUCUGGGCUCAGGUGCUGGCGGAGGAGGAGGUGGAGCGUCACUAGGUAGUCGUCGUAGUGCAUGGUCACCGGGAAAUCGUCGCAUGCCACGACGCUGCUUCACGUCUGGGGCUUUGGAAGACGCCUCUUCACGGCUAGAAAGCGAUGAAGGGGAGGAG